AGCAGUCACGUUUUUAUAUCCGGAAGUCACUCCAGAACGCGGCUAACGUGGUCAAGAGAGUGAAGAUAUCUUCACUGUUCACGUUAGACGGCAUAUUCACAUUUACUGGCUUUAUUCUGACGUUAAGGGACGUCAUGGCGCUAAUGGUGGACUCGGUGCCUGGGCAAUUUGAUGACGUCGAGGACGAAGACAGCCAAUCGCAAGCAGGCUGCGUCUCACAAGAGGUCCCGCGUAACGAUAACGUCCAGGAAGACUGUGAAGAAAAUGACGAUGAAGACUUUGAGGAUGAUGAAGAUGACGACGAGUGGGUGUGGUCUUCCGCUGGAGGCGACUUGACCAAGCGUUACAACAGGAGCGCCAUUGCUCAGGCUAACAAACAGAAUCACACACUCGGAACCACGUCCAAAUUGACCGACAGAUCGCUGAGGAAGUUCGAACACAAGAUCAACUUGGAUCAACUUUGUUUGUCGGACUCCGUUCUCAACAGAGUGACGUCGAUGCAGAAGCAGAAGGAUGCCGACACGUACCGAGUGAAGGACAAAUCAGAUCGGGCCACUGUGGAACAGGUUUUGGACCCUCGAACGCGAAUGAUUCUCUUCAAGAUGUUGACUCGCGGGAUCAUCUCAGAAAUCAACGGCUGCAUCAGCACGGGCAAAGAGGCCAACGUCUAUCACGCCAGCACGGCCGGUGGAGAAAGUCGAGCCAUCAAAAUCUACAAAACCUCCAUCCUGCACUUCAAAGACCGAGACAAAUACGUCAGCGGUGAAUUCAGGUUCCGUCACGGUUACUGCAAAGGGAACCCCAGGAAGAUGGUGCGAACUUGGGCUGAGAAGGAGAUGAGGAACCUAAUCAGGUUGCAAACCGCCGGCAUCCUGAGUCCGGAACCCAUCCUGCUGAGGAGCCACGUUCUGCUCAUGGGCUUCAUCGGCAAAGACGACAGGCCCGCCCCGCUGCUGAAGAACGCCGACGUGUCCGAAUCCAAGGCCCGCGAGCUUUACUUGCAGGUGGUCCACAACAUGAGGAAGAUGUUCCAGGAUGCCAAAUUGGUUCACGCCGACCUCAGCGAGUUCAACAUGCUAUAUCACCACGGUGACGUUUAUAUCAUCGACGUGUCGCAGUCGGUGGAACAUGACCACCCGCAAGCCCUCAACUUUCUCAGGAAGGACUGCAGCAAUAUCAAUGAGUUUUUCGUCAAACGUGGUGUAGCGGCGAUGACCGUCCGAGAGCUUUUCGACUUCAUCACAGACCCGUCCAUCACCUGUAACAACAUGGAUCAGUACCUAGAGAAGAUGAUGGCCAUUGCGGCCGAGCGGACGUCGGCACAGCGCUCGGAUCGGGACCGAGUGGACGAGGAGGUGUUCAAGAAGGCGUACAUCCCGAGAACGCUCACCGAGGUCAGCCACUAUGAGCGCGACUAUCAAGUGAUCACCGCCAGCGAGGAAGACGCGGCAAUCAGCGGAUGCGAGCAUGGCGUUCUGUAUCAGACGCUGACCGGGCUGAAGAAAGAUCUUUCUGGAGUUCAAAUGGUUCCGGCUCUGCUCGAGGACGACGGCUCUUUGUCCUCAUCUUCGGAAGAGGAGGAUGAGGAGGAGGAAGGAGAAGAGGCUGGUCUGCCGCCACCCGGCGACUGCCACGACUCUUUGGACAAAAAGGAAAAGAAGAAGCUGGCCAAAGAAGCUCAGAGAGAAAAGAGAAAGUCCAAAGUCCCAAAACACGUUAAGAAGAGGAAGGAGAAAGUGGCCAAGACCAAGAAAGGAAGAUGAAGUGAUGACCGAUCACAGUCAUAUGUGCAAUUCUGUGCCUGGGAACAAAACCUGUCUCCUACCAAGCACAACACAACUCCACCCACAUCAGAUUUCUUUUUUAAAAUAAUGUGUCAUUUGGGAGAUAGCAUAGUAUAGAAUAGGAAAUGGAUGAGAAACUCAACACCAUUUUUGUUUUGUGGCAAUGUCCCAGAUUGCAGACUGACAUUGAAUAAACAUUGAUUUUUCCAUCAAAAUCAUUAGUAUGGUUGACAUAGAAAUUUUCGACGUCAAGUGACGUUGAAAAAACGUUCUGUGGCAUGUCAGGCGAUGGUUGGGUUAACAUUGUUUUAUAGUUGACGAACUAAUGUUGACAAAUAGUUGAUUUAUGAUUGACCAGGAAAUAUGAUUGACAAGUCAUUUAAUUAUGGAUGAGCGGGCGUUUUGGUCGAAAACAUAACAUUGAUUCAGCGUUGUUCCAAUAUUAUUAAUAAUCGAAAUGACUUUUAGCUUUUGUAAGAAUUUCAAAGUUUAAACAAAAUUAAUUAAGGGGUGCAAAAGUGACAUUGAUUCAACGAUAUAACAUAUACAGCGGAAUGUAGAUCCAACAUCAACGUCGGUCUGCUAUCUGGGUAUAGUCCAUUAAAAUCAUUGAUUUUAUCCUAAGUGUAAUCAUGGCCAGAAAUUUGAAUGUUGGGUACUUUGAAGCAUAAUUGUUCCAUUUUUAGCCCAUCUUAUUUUUACAAAAGGUGUCACUUGAUUGCCAUUGACAGCCAUGUACGUCCAAAUAUCCAUAUAAUUUUCAAUAGCAGAAUAACCUGUGGGGUUGAUUUUCUACCAAAAACAUGCCAUUACAGCCCAUUGACAAGUAAGUUGAUGCCACUGACAACCACGCAGCAGGACUAACCUCGAAAUGUCCCCAACAAACAGGAAAUUACCUGAUAUCAACAGGACUUGUCCCCCUAAUGUCUCCAAAUCAAAAGGAAGUGAACUGAUAUCAACAGGACGUCUCCCAGACUUUAUUUCAACAGGGAGUGUCCCCAAAAUGUCCCAAAGUAACCUGACAAAUCUGAAUCUACCUCAGCAAAGCCCCAUUGUAAUUUCUCUAGAAAUUGCAGUUUCUAGUUAAAUUUGAAGUGCUUAAAAAACAUUUAUUGAAAUAUACAUCAUAGGCGGAGUUUGACUUUUGGGGCAGGAGGGGCAAAACAUGUUGAUGACCCCGAAACGCAGUGUCAGCUAUAAAAUUACAAGAAUAAUUAUAAUAAGUUGACAAUGAGCAUUUUUUGUUUCCCAUCAUUCUUGAAGGGAAUUCUAAAUCAGGCUGCUUAGGCAAUACUUUUCGCCAAGAUUGUCAUCCAUUGAAUAUGGUACGCCCGCCGGUCUCGUGUCAAUGUAGUAACCCCAGUCAAAAACUAUAUCCCCUGUGCGGAGCCAUAUGGAGGUAGAUUUGUGUCUCUAUUAUUCAGCCCACAAAAAAAUGUCGCUUCAAUUAAGAAAAAAAAAAUGUGUUGGAAUGCAAAAAUAAAGUUGAAACUCAAACCCCCUCAAAAAUAUAAUUUUUGUUCAUUUCAUUCAUUUUUGUUGACGUUUUAUUCCUUUUCAACUUAUUAUGU